GUUAUUUUCGGAUGUUUUUAAAUGUAUCACCUGUGAUACACUGUGCAGUAAUGACAUACUUGGACUUACAUAUUUACCUAUAUUUUUAUAAUUGUAUUAUUUAUAUUUUACAAUAUUAUUUUAUUUAGAAAUGAGAGUAUUAAAAAAAGGCUUAACUGAUGAGGAAUUAGUUGAACUGUUAGAUUGGAAUAUUAGUGAUGAUGACCAAGAUGGGUCUGAUAUAGAAGAUUUAGAUGACUUAAAUGAUAUUGUUGAAUUGUUUGAUAAUGAUGAAAUUCCUUUAAUAAUAAAUAAUGACAAUGAAGUUACAAAUGACUUAGAUAUUCUCAAUUUACCAGUAGAUUUUGGUGAAACCCAGCUAGAUUUUACUGAAAGGUCAGAAAGUACUUAUAACUUACCUACUGAAAAUCAACCAAAUAAUGUAACCAUACAAAGUAGAUCUAAAGAUGAACAGAAACUUUUAAAAAAUAAAUUAUCAAAAUUAAAUUGGAAAGAAGCAAAUUUCUGUCCUGAACCAUUUAAUUAUGUUACUUAUAUGAUAAGUAUAUUGUUUUUUUUAAGGAUGUUAUUUAUAUAAAAAGUUUAUUGUUUUAUUUUAAUUUGUAUUUGAUUGAAUAAAUUUCAUUUUUUUCAUUUAA